AAAAAAAGGUUUCACGGAAAAUGCCUGGCGACUUCUUUAUAUGUACGGAUAUCCUCCAGAGAAAAGCAGAGAAUAUAGGAACGAAAAAAUAUAAUAAAACAAGGGAGAGAUCUUUUGAAGUAUCAGAAAAACACUGAUUUGCAUUCACAAAUUAGUAAAGCUGUUAACAUAUGGCUUCUUCUUCUUCUUGCUCUCAAUGGAUUUACGAUGUCUUUUUGAGUUUUAGGGGUGAAGACACUCGUAAGAACUUUGUGGAACAUCUCUACGUAGGUCUGCAACAAAAAGGAAUUUACACUUUUAAAGAUGACAAGAAACUCGAGAGAGGAAAAUCGAUUUCUCCGGAACUUCUUAAAGCUAUUAAGAGAUCGAGAUUUGCAGUCAUCGUUUUCUCAAAGAACUAUGCUUCUUCCUCAUGGUGCUUGGAAGAAUUGGUGGAGAUCAUUGAAUGCAGCAAGAACGGACAAACAGUUUUGCCAGUCUUCUACAACGUAGAUCCUGCAGAAGUACGGAAACAAACAGGGAAUUUCGCAGAAGCCUUUGCCAAACAUGAUGAAAGAUUCUGCAACAACAAGGAAAAGGUGCAAAGGUGGAGGGCAGCUUUGGUGGAGGCAGCAAAUUUAAGCGGUUGGGAUUUAAACAAUACAGCAAAUGGGCAUGAGGCGAAGUUUAUCCAAGAAAUUGUUCAAGAGAUUUUUAAAGAAUUGGGGUCGACUAUACCACUAAGUGUUGCCAAGUACGAAGUGGGGUUAGUUUCCCGUGCGAAUAAAGUGAUUAGUUUGUUGGACAAUGGUUCAAAGAAUGUGCACAUUGUAGGAAUCUGUGGAGCUGGCGGAAUAGGAAAAACAACCAUUGCUAAAGCUGUUUACAAUCAAAUAUUUGAUCAAUUUGAAAGUUGUUGUUUCCUUAACAAUGUGAAAGAAGAAGCUUCAAAACAACAUGGUCUAACUUGUCUCCAAAAACAUCUCUUGAAUGACAUCCUAAUGGAAGAAGAUUCCCAGAUAUCUAAUGUUGACUAUGGAAUCUGUAUGAUAAAGAGAAGACUUUGUUACAUAAAGGUUCUUGUAGUUCUUGAUGAUGUGGAUCACUUGAAGCAAUUAGAAAGUUUAGUAGGAGGAAAUGAUUGGUUUGGUUUUGGAAGUACAAUUAUCAUAACAACUAGAGAUGAACGUUUAUUAGUAGAACAUAAAAUUGAUCAUGAAAUAUACAAGGUUGACCUAUUGAAUGACAAUGAGGCACUUGAGCUUUUUAGUUGGCACGCCUUCACAAAAAACCAUCCUGCAGAGGAUUUUUUGUUUCUCUCAUGGAGUGUAAUAAAGUAUGCCCAAGGCCUUCCAUUAGCUCUCCAAGUUUUGGGUUCUUUUUUAUUUAAGAGAAGCAGAAAAGAGUGGGAACAUGAACUAGAUAAUUUGAAAAGAAUUCCAAAUAGAGAAAUUCAUGAAGUUCUUAAGAUAAGUUUUGAUGGCCUCAAUGAUACAGAGAAGGAUCUAUUCCUCGACAUUGCUUGUUUCUUUAGAGGGUGUGAUAUAGAUUAUGUAAUGGACAUACUAGGCAGUAGUGGGUUUCACCCGCGUAUUUCAAUUCUUAUUGAACGGAACUUGGUAAUCUCAAACUGCAGCACCCUUUCGAUGCAUGAUUUGAUACAAGAGAUGGGUAAGGAAAUUGUUCGUCAAGAAUCAGUUGACGACCCCAGCAAACGUAGUAGGUUGUGGUUUCAUGAAGAUAUCUAUAAAGUAUUCAGAGAAAAUACGGCAACAGAAUCAAUUAAAGGCAUUAUGCUAAACAUUCCUCAUGGCCUUCUGUUAGAGGAGUUAUGUGUACAUGUUGAUGCCUUUGAGAAGAUGAAGAAACUUAAGCUGCUCAAGCUCAAUGGCAUACGACCUUGUGAACAUCUUACAUAUCUUUCACAUGAGCUGUGUUAUCUUGAUUGGGACGGUUACCCGGCAAGAUUUUUUCCAUCCAAUUUCUAUCCAAAAAAUCUUGUUCUCCUUCGCCUUCAUCGUAGUCAAAUUAAACAAAUAUCAAUGGGUAUCAAGUUUCUAGAGAAGUUGAAAUUUCUUGAUCUCAGUCACUCCCUAUAUUUGGACAAAAUUCCUGAUUUGUCUUGUCUCCCAUGUCUCGAGGAUUUAAAUCUUGAAGGAUGUUCAAAUCUAAUUGAGGUUCACUUGUCAAAUGGAGUUCAUGAGAGGCUUGUUAGAUGCAACCUCUCUAAAUGUAAGAAUCUGAGGAUUCUCCCAAGAAGCAUUAAUUUGAAAAAUCUUCAAUUUUUCACUCUAGCAGGAUGCUCAAAACUUGAGAAGCUUUCAGAGAUUCAAGGAAAUAUGGUUUGUUUAGAGGAGCUUCAUUUAGACGACACUGCGAUAAAAGAUUUGCCUUCAUCAAUUGAGCAUCUUGAAGGGCUUAGACGUUUAUCUCUAGAAGGGUGCCAAAAGCUUAAUAGUGUUCUAACCAACAUUUUUUCUAAAAUGAAGGAUUUAGAAUACCUUGAUAUGGGGAGGACUGCUAUUAAAAAGUUACCAUCAUCCAUUGCACAGUUGAGUAAUCUUGAGGAACUGUAUGUCAGUGGCAAUGCUUUUCAAUCACCAUCUUCGAAGAUGCCAAUUUCAGUGAUGCAAAAUACAUUUCUGCGAAAGAGAACUGGUAAUUCAACUUGUUUAGAUUUGGAACUGCUCUCUGGAUUGUGUGCUGUAACUCGUUUAAGUCUUCGGCACUGCAAUCUAACAGAAGAAUCAUUUCCGAAAGAUAUUGGCAAGCUAUCCUCAAUGCGUUAUUUAAUUCUAAGUGAAAACAAAUUUGCUAGCAUACCAGAAUGUUUCAUUCAAUUGACAAGCCUUAUGUACCUUUAUUUGGAACAUUGUACAAGCCUCCGUUCAUUGACAUCACUUCCAUCAUCUAUACGUUAUGUGAAUAUGCAUGGUUGCAAAUCAUUGGAACGGUAUCAAUUCCCACCAAGUGUACAAAAUCCAGCCGAUCGGGAAUUCAUAUUCACAGGGUGCCACAAAUUGGAUGUGGAUGGGAGGGACAACAUGCCAAAUAUAUCAUCGCAAAGUCAGCUUCAGGAACUUGGUAUAAUCAUUCUUCCGGGAAGAGAUAUUCCUCAUUGUUUUAGUCAUUGGAAUGAGGGCUCUUCAUUUUCUUUGCGGGUGGAUUUACCUUCUUACGAAAAUGUUAAAGGAAUUGUCCUCUGUGCUGCUUUGGAAAUAUUUCAUGGAAUUGAUAUCCCACAAAUUAAUUUUGAUCUCAAAAUCAAUGGUUAUUCCAUGAGCGAAUGGUUUACGUACAAUGACUUAACAGCAGGAGAUAAUGCACCACAUCACAUCUUUUUGAAACACAAAACGGAAUAUUAUGAUGAGCACUCUCGAGAGAUUCGGCCAAUUAAAAGUUUGAUGGACAACAAAUCUACACUCAGCACAGGCACUUCCAAUGCUUGUGAUGGCUGUCACAUUCAGGCUUCAGUUACAUUGAACUCCACACUACUCAAGCCAUCCAGCAAUCGAAAAGCAAAGGUCCAUAAAUUAGGUAUUCAUCUAGUAAUGGAGGAGCAAGCUUAGACAUCAAAGCAAGGUUAAUGGCAUCAUCUUUCAAGGACUUUUAGUUACUCCUUUGGCCUUGUUAGGAGUGGUGAGGAUGCUUAUUGUGAUUGUGGAGCAGCAGCAUCCUUUUAGAUGAUACUUUUGUUGUCAAUUUUGUUUGUUUUUUUUUUUUGUUGCAAUGAGAAUGGUCUGUGGACUUUGGGGCUAUUUUGUGUAUAAAGAAUUAUGUGUGGUGUUAUUUUGAUACUCGAUCUUUUGUAUAUGUGAAAAAAUAAACUCCACAUCAAUGUAUUAUUUUAAAUUAGGGAUGGAGUCAUUGACAGACGAUUCUAGAGGACCUGGUAAAACAUAAAAGGUUGUGAACGUACCAAGAAGAUAUGAAGCUUAUUGAUGGUCUUUUUGAUUUACAGAUCAAGACUCAAAAUGCUUGUCAAAGUAGGUAAGGUUCUAUUAAUACAAGAUUUUUUUUUUUUUCUAGUGGUAACAUUCUAGACUAAUUUUAAUGUACUCUAGAAGCAUAGUACAACAAUAUGUUCUACCUGUACAGUUGAUUACUGAGUUACUCAACAAAAUUUAGAUUCAAACAGAAGUACUAAAAAUUUAGAUUCCAAAUUGAAUAGCAAUUUGGAAUUUGGUUC